AUGUCUCGAUUUAUCGAUAAAUUGCCGGAAAAGGCGGUGGGAAACACCCAUCCGAAAGUGUUCGUUUUUGGUGCCAGUCGGUAUGUAACCAAUCCUCGGGGGCCGCUGCAGAAAUUGUACGUCACGCGAGCACAGAAGCCCUUCAAAGGACUUGAUAGAAAAGAAACCGCAGUUCGAAAUGUGAAGCUGUUCAUUGAAGCCAUUAAGACUACCGACCCCCGCCACGGCGCCUCACCUACAGAAGCAUACGGUCGUGCAGAGCUUGACAAAUGGUUUGCUGGCUACGAUAUCAUACUCGGGAUACCGUCUUAUAUCGGCGACGCCGUUUUCCGGGCCUACGGGGACGAUCCCGAAGUGGUCUUCAUCUAUGUCGAACGAGACCCGGACGCCUGGGUGAGGUCGAUCCAGAGCACGAUUGGUGCCCUCUAUCAAUCCAUCAGAAAGCCGCCUCUUUGCUUCUUACGGUACUUCGAUGCAUUGAACCACGGGUGGUUUACCCUGACAGAGCUGUUCUACUGGCGGUUUUCAGAUGGCAAGAUGCCCACAGAUGUCGGUGUCGAGGCAACACUGCGCCAAAACUAUAUAGAGUACACCAUUGGUGGCCUUCCCCAGCUGGAGCACGAUGUUAUCGUAGAAUUAUCGAUUGGUAUCCGCCAGCGAGCCGUCAGGAUCGCUGAACGUGUUCGUGGCUGGAACUUCCGAGGGGGUGCUCUCGAAAGUGAUACGCAGCGUGACUUCGUAUCUGCAGUGUCGAAGGACGUCGGCUCGGGAGGGUUUCCCGACGAUGUCGUGGUCGAAGACUUCAAUGCUUCUGAUGUGGAUGAGACUGUCGACUUGGACGCGGACGUGGACGCGGUGGACGAGGCGGGAGGCAUAGACAACGACGAGGCUGGCGAUGUCGAGAGUGUGAGCGAAGCGCUCGUUCAAGCUGUAGCAAGAGACUCGGACGAGGUCGACUCUGUCUUUGUUGAGCCUGAGAAGGUGGUUGUGCCUGGCAGCAUAAGGCUCGACAACGUGAAGGAGCUUGCAGCACUAGCUAAGCCUGGAUCCGAGGCCGAGCCCGUGGCGCUUAGGCUCCUCCAUGCCGCAGGGACCUUGAUGACCAAAGAGUCUGCGCAAAGAGGUCCUGCGUGA